GGCGAACCUCCGCCGUCGCCCGCUCCAUACCAAGUGAAGUAUGGCUGAGAAGGCGGUGUGGGAUGAUGCCCAUCUGAAGAAACUCAUUGAAAUAUUGAGAGAAGAGGUUGAAAAAGGGAAUAGGCCAUUAGGUUAUUUAAACAAGAAGGGUUGGGCAAAUGUUUUGGAGAAAUGGGAAGCAAGAACGGGAAAGAAGUAUCCCAAGGAUAAAUUCAAGAACAAAUGGGAUGCCAUAAAAAAUGAGUACACUUGGUUCAUGGAGUUGAAAAAUGAAGCAACUGGGCUUGGAUGGGAUGAUGCAAAGAGAACCGUUGAUUGCUCUAAAGAAUGGUGGGAUGAACAUAUCAAGAGAUGCCAAGAGAGUACAGGAAACAAAUGCAAUCAUAUGAAGUUCAAAAAACAGGGACCAAAGCACCUUGAAGAUUUGCACAUCAUAUUUGACAAAGUACAUGUUACUGGGGCUAGUGCUUCUUGUGCUGGAGAUAUAUCUUCUGAUGAAUCAAGUGAUGAUAAUGCGGUUCCUUUCGAGAAACCCGAUGAUAGUGCUGAAAUGAAGUUGGCAUCUUCGAAGAAACCAAAACCAAGCAAGAAGCGCAAGCAACCUUCUAAUGCAAAUGAGGAGAAGGAAGAGAAGUGUCCAUUCUUACGAUUGUACAAGCAGACAUGCGAGAAAAUAGAAACUGGAGUGGAGAAGAUAACUUCAAGUGUUGAAGCAUCAUCCGCUCCUCUAACAAACCAUGUCCCCACAAUUUCAGAAGUCAUGAAGAUGGUCAAGGAAUGUGGUGUGAAGGAAAAAACUGCUCUCAUGCACACAACGCUCACUCUUAUAGUGAAGCCCGAGUUUAGGGGAAUCUUCAAUGUUCUUGAAACAGAAGAAGGGAGGUUUGAUUUUCUGGAGAGGGAGCAUGAGAAGGAGAUGUUGAAGCACGUGUAGUGAAUCAUAUUUGUUUAUGUUAUAGACCUAUAUUUGCUUUCAUUGUGGACCAAAUUUGGUUGUGUUGUGGACCAUAUUUGCUUUUGUUGUGGAUGUAUUUGCUUUUCUCGUGGACCAUAUUUGCUUAUGUUGGUUUACCAUAUUUAUGUCGU